AUGAGCUUCUCCAGAAUCGCUCUCAGAUCCGCCUUCAACGCCCGCCCAGCCGGUGUCCCAGCUUCCGUCAGAUGUUUCUCUACUUCUAGAUUGGCUUUGCAACAAGAAGACCCAAAGGCCAAAGCUGCCAGUAUCAUUGAUGUCUUGCCAGGUAACAACGCCAUUUCCAAGACCGGUAUUUUAGCCACUGUCACUGCUGGUUUGACUUACGCCGUCUCCAAUCAAUUAUAUAUUGUCAAUGAAGAAACUAUUUUAGCUGGUACUUUCUUUGCCUUCUCCGCCAUCAUUGCCAAAGUUAUUGCUCCAUUAUACAAAGACUUUGCCGAUGCUAGAGUCAAGUCCGUCACCGAUAUCUUGAACGCCUCCAGAGCUAACCACGUGGAAGCCGUCCAAAGCCGUAUUGACUCUGUUUCUCAAUUGAAAGAUGUUGUUUCCACCACCAACGCUUUGUUCGACGUCUCCAAGGAAACUGUUGAAUUGGAAGCUAAGGCCUUUGAAUUGAAACAAAAGGUUGAUUUGGCUGCUGAAGCCAAGGCUACCUUGGACUCCUGGGUUAGAUACGAAGCUAACGUUAGACAACAAGAACAAGAACAAUUGGCCAAGACCGUCAUUGCCAAGGUUGAAAAGGAAAUCACCAACCCUAAGUUCCAAGACAAGAUCUUGCAACAAGCGGUUGCCGAAGUUGAAAAGGUCUUCGCUGCUGCCAAAUAA